UUUACACAUCGCUGAGAGUUAGCAUAACUUAACAACUUCAUAUUUGUUGGACCAAAUGACUGCUAUGAGCAUGAAAAUUUCUACAUUCUGCAUAAUUAGCAUCUUCAUGAAUAAAACAGUGUGUCUUGCUGAAAUUUGUGAAGUCUAUAGACCUACUGGCAAAGUUAUUGAGAUGCAGCCAAUGUUGACAGAGGAACAAAAAUUAAGUCUAAAGGAAUUCAAAUGGUGUUUUGGUGAAUACUGUAAGAUUCGGAUUGUGAAAUACCAAGGUGAUAAUAUUGUACUGGCUCCCAAUUUUAAAUUCAAAGCAGAAUACAGAAAAUCAGAUUUUGUUCUGAUUUUGAAGAACCUGACAACAGAAGACACUGGAAUCUAUACUGCAUCUGUCUUGAAUAACGAAUCUGAAUCAACAGAACUUAUUUCAUAUAAACUCUUUCUUCAAGAUCCUGUACGACAACUUUCAAACAAAGAAUUUCAAAUCCUGAACUCUGAUGGCAGUUGUAAUAUCACUCUGAAUUGCUCAGUUGGGGCAGGCACCGAAGUCACAUUGAAAUGGAAGCAGAUUGGAGCCAAUGAGUCUUUGAUUACUUCACACAAAGCUUCUCAUCUGGAAUAUUCUGCACACUAUAGAGCUGGAAGUCAUGCUUCUUUCACCUGUUUUGCAGAAAAUAAAGUCAGCAAUUUGUCAUUAACUACAAGAAAACUUUGUGAACCAGACAUGCCUAAAGGCAUUUCAUUAUUGCUCCUUAUAAUUUCAAUAGUAUCUCCUAUUAUUAUUUUAUUUGCUGUAAUUCUCGUAAUAUUUUGCUACCGGAAAACCCAUCGUAAAAACUUUGAUAAAGACGAAAGUGACGCCAAUACAGUGUAUGCUGGUAUAGCUGAAGUUAAUGAACAGACAAAAGAUCACCAACAUUAUACUGCAGCUGUAAACUCAACUUAUGCUCAGAUUGGAGGCAGUGAGUUCACCCAUCCAGAAAUGACCAUAUACAGCACAGUUGGACCAAAACGUUGAGCCCUGUAUUCCGGAUGAUAUGACACACACCCUGCUUGUUCAUGGGAAAGAGACUUUUUUAAAAUAUAUUUUCAUAUUAUAAACGUUCCCAAAUUUUUCUGUUGAAUAAAC